CCCCCCCCCCCCCCCCUCUCUCUCUUCAAUUUCUCUCCCUAGAUUUCUGCCUCUUGAUCUGUACAAUGUAUUGAUUUUUGUAGCCAAAAGCUUUUUCAUUCUUUUCUUUUGAAUUGUUUUCAGCUCUUGAUCUUUUAUGAUUUGCACAUACUCUGCCUAUAAUUCAUUCAUUUUUGGCUUGGAAGUUUUUCGCCUUUUCUUCUUCUUUUGUUUUUGGUUGCCGUCCUGGGUUUCACGGAGAAGGGACUGCAAAAGAAUCCGAUGAUCUUGACGGGUUUAGGGCGACUAGGUCUCCGCAAAAUUGUAGGAAUUAUGUGACAAGUUCUCAGUUUUUGAACCGGAAGAUUGUGUUUUCUGACUUUCGAGGGCCGAGCGGUGUGUGAAUAUUCAUUUUUUGGUAAUGAAGAUGAUCUUGAUGGUCUUUGUCAAUGUGGGUCUGCGAAAUUUCAGCUGGAUUGAAGGAUAAGGGAGGAAGAAGAAAAUAAGACGUAAAAGGGAAAAAAAUGUCGCCGGUUCCGAUGGAAACUACAAUGCCUGAAACGGCUUCGUGUUCCGUAGGUUCACGUCGUUUUGGUGAUCUUAGAGGGGUCCAAUGGCGCGUAGAUUUGGAUAUCCUACCAUCUUCUCCUUCUGCCUCCAUCGACGAGCUUCGUCGGGUUACCGCCAAUUCGCGUAGAAGGUAUGCUGCUUUGAGGAAACAACUUCUAGUUGAUCCACAUGUGCCAAAAGAUGGAGGUAGUUCUCCUGAUCUUGUCAUGGACAAUCCUCUGUCACAAAAUCCAGACAGUAUGUGGGGUCGGUUCUUCAGAAAUGCUGAACUGGAGAAAAUGGUUGAUCAAGAUUUGACACGUUUAUACCCUGAAAGAGGUAGCUAUUUCCAGACAAGUGGAUGUCAAGGCAUGUUACGACGGAUUUUAUUGCUUUGGUGCCUUAGACACCAAGAAUAUGGCUACAGACAAGGGAUGCACGAACUCUUGGCUCCAUUGUUGUAUGUUCUUCACGUUGAUGUGGAACGUCUCUCAGAAGUGAGGAAGGAUUAUGAAGACCACUUUGCUGAUAAAUUUGAUGGGUUUUCCUAUCAUGAAAAUGACUUGACCUAUAAGUUUGAAUUUAAGAAAUUCUCAGAAUACGUUGGAGAUGGGAGUGAAUUUGAAGAAACUUCUGUGAAAGCUAGUAGUCUGACUGAACUUGAUCCUGUCAUACAGACCAUUGUCUUACUAAGCGAUGCCUAUGGAGCAGAAGGUGAACUUGGUAUCGUCUUAUCAGAGAAAUUUAUGGAACAUGAUGCCUACGCAAUGUUUGAUGCUUUGAUGAGUGGGGCUGGUGGUGUCGUUGCCAUGGCUGAGUUUUUCUCUCCUUCUCCUUAUGGUAGUUCGCAUACUGGGUUGACCCCAGUAAUUGAAGCUUCUGCAGCAAUGUAUCAUUUGCUUUCUGUUGUUGAUUCAUCUCUUCAUACUCACCUUGUUGAACUAGGAGUUGAACCCCAAUAUUUUUCACUUCGCUGGCUGAGGGUAUUAUUUGGACGUGAAUUUUCUCUGGAAGACCUUUUGGUGAUCUGGGAUGAAAUUUUUGCCCGUGAUAAUAAGAAGUUUAAUAAAGCCUCUGAUAGUGAUGCAGAAUCCAACUCUGGAGUCCUUGAUUCACCUAGGGGAGCAUUUAUUUCUGCUUUUGCAGUUUCUAUGAUACUUAUGUUGAGGUCUUCAUUGCUUGCCACUGAAAAUGCGACUGCCUGUCUUCAGAGGUUAUUGAGUUUUCCAGAUGAUAUAGAUCUUGGGAUGUUGGUAGAAAAGGCAAAAUCACUCCAAGCUCUGGCAGCAGAUGCGAAAAACUCAAAUUCCCUGCUUUUGCAUCCUGGCUUGUAUGAGGGAAGGAAGCUGGUGCUUUCUAGGGUUCACAGCCUUCCUCGUGAUUCAACUUCUCCAAGAACUCCUCUGGGUGUGGAACCUGAGAGCUACUGGGAAGAGAAAUGGAGAGUGUUGCACAAGGAAGAAGAACACAAGCAAGGUGCUGUCGAAGAACAAGGUUCCAAUAUCAGAAAGAGAUGGUCAGAAAGAGUAAAACUACGCCUGUCUAGAACUGAGUCUGAUCCUUCCCCAUCAAAGAAAAAUCAAAGAACCCAAGUUUCCAAACCAUCUUCAAGAAGAAGCUUAUUGGAGGACCUGGCACGACAGCUUGGAUCAGAUGACGAUAAAGAAAAUACAGGGUGUAACGAUGUAGAGCACCGGGAUAAAGUUGAGGCUAAUGGAAAUGAUGUUACUGAUAAGAAAUUCAGCAACAUACCAAGCUGUGUUGCGAGCGAAGAAAAUUCUCCCAACUUCUCAGAUCCAUCCAGUCCGGUUCAUAGGAAUGGUGAUCAGGGAAAUCAAUCAGAAAGUAGUAGUGUUGCAUCGAAUUCAUGCAUAGAUGAAAAUGAAGCUGAGUUGGGUGGGACAAACCCAGAACGCCCCGUUCUUCGCGUUUCUGACAUCCCUGAUGGUCUCGCUUCUAGAUGUACAAAUGAUGACUCGAUGGGAAAAUCAGCCUCUGGCAUGAAGGAGAGGAGAAGUCUAUCCGGUAAAUUUAAUUGGAUACUCAAGUUAGGACGUGAUGCCACUGAGGGAACAUCUAAGAGACCAGGUGCAUCUAAAGGUGCAAAAAUUGGUAACGAUGAAAGUGGUCAGAACAAUGUUCCUGACUCGUCUUCAGCCAACGGGUGUGAUAACUCUUCUUGGACCAGCAAGGGAGAGACGGUAGACCAAAAUUUGAUAGUUAGCUUGAGAAAUCUUGGUCACACCAUGCUUGAGAACAUUCAGGUGCUGGAGUCUGCAUUCGAGCAGGAUCGGGGUCAAAUGGGGCCACAGGAGGAGAAUGGUCUCGUUGGCAAAGGGCAAGUUACAGCCAUGUCCGCGCUCAAAGAGCUUAGGAAAAUCAGUAAUCUUCUAUCUGAGAUGUGAUGUAUUUAUAUGCAGAAGCAUUUGUAAUUAUUAUUAUGUCUCUAUAUCGAGUAGCAGACUAUAUGAUCACCGGCUUCAUGUAUUCUUUUGUCCAAAACCAGAUUUUUGGAAUGUAUCACAGACGUCCCUGUAUAUACAGAUUCACUCAAAUAAGAAAACCCCACUGCCGACAAUCA